GCAAUGACUAAACGGCCAUGCUUCAGUGAGCACUACGGUGAGAAAACGACAUGGCUUCCAAUUUCAGUGGGGCGCUCCGCUUAACAGAUUUAGAUGAUUUUAUAACACCUUCCCAGGAAUGUGUGAAGCCAGUAAAAGUCAACAGAAUAAGUGGGAAGACUGCAGCUAUCAAAAUUGAACCUGAUGGAAGUUAUUUUCAAGUUGAAAAGGAUGGACUAGAGACAAAGCUAGAGAAAGCUCAGAUUACUCUUAACGACUGCCUGGCAUGUAGUGGUUGCAUCACCUCUGCUGAGAGUGUCCUAAUUACGCAGCAGAGUCAGCAGGAAUUAUACAGAAUUUUAGGUGAAAAUAACAGUCUUGCUGCAGAUGGGAAGUCAAAGCGGAAGUUGGUGGUAGUGUCCAUCUCACCGCAGUCAAGGGCGUCUUUAGCUGCCAAAUAUAAAAUAACCUCUGAAGAAGCUGCUUGUAAACUCACAGGAUUCUUAAAGAAAUUAGGUGUUGACUAUGUAUUCGACACAACUUUUGCUAGGAAUCUAAGUCUGCUGGAAAGCCAAUACGAGUUUAUCAGACGCUUUACCAAUAAAUCUACGAAGGGCUCACUACCAAUGCUAGCCUCUGCUUGUCCAGGAUGGGUUUGCUAUGCUGAGAAGACACAUGGAAGCUAUGUUCUACCAUACAUAAGCACAACCAAGUCACCGCAACAGAUUAUGGGAAGUCUAGUAAAGGAUUACUUAACCAGGUUGCAUGGACGAACCCCUGAUGAGGUGUAUCAUGUGACUGUGAUGCCAUGCUUUGAUAAGAAGUUGGAGGCCUCAAGAGAAGAUUUUUUUAACGAUAUUUACAGUACCAGAGAUGUCGAUUGUGUUAUAACAUCUGCUGAAGUUGACAUGAUGCUUGAGGGAGAGGGUUUGUCAUUGGCUGAUGUUGAACCUAGCAAAUUAGAUUCUUUAUGUAAUUCUGAUACUGAGAUUGUGAAUCAUGCCGGGGGAGGGUCAGGUGGGUAUCUGCACCACAUAUUCCAUCAUGCAGCACAGCAUCUAUUUGGCACCAAAGUAGAAGAUAUGCAAUAUAAAACAUUAAGAAAUAGAGAUUUUAAAGAAGUAAUGUUAGAACAUGAAGGUGAGGUGGUGCUACGUUUCGCCUUGGCCUAUGGCUUUAGAAAUAUUCAGAACUUAGUGCAGAAGCUCAAAAGAGGAAAGAGUCCGUACCAUUUUGUUGAAGUGAUGGCUUGCCCUUCAGGUUGCUUGAAUGGUGGGGGUCAAAUACGUCCAACAGAUGAUGAAACAGCCAAAGAUUUACUAGAAAGGGUACAAAGGUUGUACUCUGAUGUUAGAACAAUUCGGCCAGAAGACAAUACUGAUGUCGAGAAGCUGUAUGUUGAAUGGCUGGGAGGAAGCGAGACAGAAAAAGCAAAAACAAUGUUACACACACAGUACCAUAAAGUGGAGAAAAUGACAAAUGCGCUUACAAUAAAAUGGUGAUAUAUAUAUAUAUAUAUAUAUAUAUAUAUAUAUAUAGUGUAAAUUAAUAUCACUGUUUCAGUAACCUGGUGGUUUUUAAUAAUAAUAAUGAUAAUAAUAAUAAUAAUAAUAAUAAUGUAAUAAUAAUAAUAAUAAUAUAGGUUUUUUAUUACGCUCUAUGCAAUUAAGUUUUAGAGCGCUUUACCACAUUAUUACCUGUCAUUGGAACGAUGCCUAUGAGGAAAUUCCAUAGUUUGCUGCAUGAAAUAUAUCAGUGCAUGUUGCACUCGAACCUCCUAAGGUGCCCACUAUACUCCUGGGUGGAGAGAAGCAAUGCAGAUAAAGUGCCUUGCUCAAGGACACAAGUGAAAUACACAGCAGCGAGGGAUUGAAACCCUGACCUCAAGGGUGGAAACAAAACCUGUCCAGUUACGCCAAACGUUUCUAACUCGUUAUUAGAUUUGUAAAUGAGGAGAUUAGACUUCAUAACUUUCAACAAGAAAAAGAUUUAAUGUGCAAAAACUCGGAGAGCUUAACAGCUAGCGAGAUACAAAACCUUCUUGGCGGUUUGCCACAGGAUGCAUAUACGUUUAAUUGAGAAAUUGUUUUUCUGUGUUACCAGAAAUAACUACCUCUUAGAUUUACUGUAUUCACAUUUGUUUGACAGAAUAUGGAAAUUUUCAAAUGCAUUUCUGAAAAUUUGACAAAAAGAACUUCCAUUUACUCAUGUCAUUUGCAAAAAUAUUUUCAUUAAAAAAUAUAAGUUACUACUUCUGAGA